AUGUCGCGCGACCCGGGCUUGCCAGCUCUGCCCCAGGAGAUCUGCGACAACAUCAUUGAUUCCGCGUGGAAAGACACCUCUACGCUCAGGACGUGCAGUCUUGUGUCCCGAGCAUGGUUGCAUACGUCUCGCAAGCACAAGUUCUCGCGCAUUAAGGUCAGGCCAUACAUGAUACUCGCCGCUUUGGAGGCCGUCAUCACUUCACCGUUACUGGAAUCCACCGACAUUCCUCACCUUGUUCGUGAUCUUUGUAUUGAUUGGACACCAUCCGAAGGGUCUUCAAGUUUGGGAAGUCGAUUCGAGCCUGCGACGCUGAAUGCCCGGCUGCCCGACAUGUUGACACAGUUCACGUCCGUGGACAUCUUGCGCCUGGAGUGUCUUCCCUGGUCGCAUUUUGAUGGUGUAGCCCGGGCAGAGGCUGCUGUGAUAGAGCUCGCCGGAAAGGUCGCUCAUCUACACCUGUCCGAUCUGUCGUUCACGUACGGUGAUGAUCUGGUGCAUCUGCUCUCUUCCUCACCAAGACGAUCGUCCCUCCACAUGCAGGAGUGUCUGUUCCAAGGCCGAAUGCUGCGCACGAGCGUGAAGAUUCCUGUACAUCGGGAAGCUCAUGUCGGCCACUUGGUCACCGACCUUGAGUCGUUCGCUGAAUUCAACCUAGUUAUGCGCGAAGCAUAUGUCUCUCGCUGGGCCUUUGGAAUGACCAUCAAUAAACUUGUCAUUAACGGCGACGGCAACGCCCUGACUGACCUCGCCGAGUUUAACUUUAUGGAAGACUACAUCGCGGACAGAUAUGGGCAUCUCGUCAUUCUAAAACACAGAGCCCACAGUCGAGGCCUAGACGAUGGAGACCUGCCUACCACCACCCUGGACAUCAAGUCCUUGCGCAUCCCUGCAUCUAUCAUUCUGCGGAGACAUACAUUCGGCUUCAUGUACCUGCAUUUUUUGCUAUACUGGAGAAUGCUGCUCGCGCGUCGCGUGCACUUCAUCCUCGACGGUUUCGACCUCGAGAAUGCUAUCCCGGCAAACUGCACUACCCUGGACCGUGCCUUCGGGCGCCUAGUAGCCAACCGUGCCCAAACGGAUAUCGUCAAGUUCGACGCGCAUUGCCCUGCGGAGCGUCUCGCGGACUGGAUCGCGGCCAUAUCUGCGUGUUUUCCUGCGCUUGUCGCAGGCGGAAAGCACGUCGGGAUGGUCUGUACUUCGGGAGAAGAUCCGGAUGGCGAGCGGCUCCCUGUCGCCCAGCAUUGGUGGUCUUGA